UGGCCAGGAUGAUGGGCGCCAAGGCCAACGCCGCCGACUGCGGGGAGUACGCGGAGGUCGACCCCACCGGCCGGUACGGAAGGUACAGCGACGUUCUUGGCAAGGGCGCGUCCAAGACCGUGUACCGGGCGUUCGACGAGUACCAGGGGAUGGAGGUGGCCUGGAACCAGGUGAAGCUGCACGACUUCCUGCAGAGCCCCGAGGACCUGGAGCGCCUCUACUGCGAGAUCCACCUCCUCAAGACGCUCAAGCACAAGAACAUCAUGAAGUUCUACACCUCAUGGGUCGACAUCUCCGGCCGGAACAUCAACUUCAUCACCGAGAUGUUCACCUCCGGCACGCUCCGCCAGUACAGGCAGAAGCACAGGAAGGUGAACUUAUGGGCGGUGAAGCACUGGUGCCGGCAGAUCCUCAGCGGCCUGCUAUACCUGCACAGCCAUGAUCCACCCAUCAUCCACCGGGACCUCAAGUGCGACAACAUCUUCGUGAACGGUAACCAGGGUGAGGUCAAGAUCGGCGACCUCGGACUCGCCGCCAUCCUCCGCAAGUCUCACGCUGUUCACUGUGUAGGUACCCCCGAGUUCAUGGCGCCAGAGGUGUACGAGGAGGAGUACAACGAGCUCGUCGACAUAUACUCGUUCGGGAUGUGCGUGCUUGAAAUGGUCACCUUUGAGUACCCAUACAGCGAAUGCACACACCCGGUGCAGAUCUACAAGAGAGUGAUCUCUGGUACUAAGCCAGAAGCCUUGUACAAGGUGAACGAUCCGAUGGUGAGGCAAUUUGUCGAGAAGUGCCUGACCACUGCGUCCCUUAGGCUCUCUGCGAGAGAGCUGCUCAAUGAUCCUUUCCUACGCGAUGACAUGCCUUUAUCUUCUGGGGAUGGGGAUUAUAGCCAGCUGAACAGUUAUCUGCGGCAGCCUUAUUUAGGGCAUGCUUAUAGUAAUGGAUCCAUGAUAAGCAAUGGGUUAUCAGAAAGCAUUGAUGAAGAUACACCGACGGAAGAUAGAUGGGAAGAUGAUGACAGUAAAGCUGAUGGCAUUGACCUGUUCAACGGGCACGAAGAUGAGGCUCUUGGCACUGUGGACAUCACAAUCAAGGGAAGAAAAAGCGAGGAUGGAGGAAUCUUCCUCCGACUACGAAUUACAGAUGAUGAUGGGCGGGUACGCAACAUCUAUUUUCCAUUUGACGUUGAGAACGAUACUGCAUUAAGUGUGGCAACUGAGAUGGUAGGCGAGCUGGAUAUAACUGAUCAUGAGGUUACUCGAAUUGCUGAUAUGAUCGACGGCGAGGUUAGUGCAUUGGUGCCAGAUUGGAUGGCUGGUCCAGGCAUAGAAGAAGCUCCAGACACCACAUACUGCCAUAACUGCGGAUCCAAUGUCUCAUCUUGUGGUUCACUUUUUGACUACAUGUCGUCGGAUACUCGUGGUUGCCGAUGUGCAGAGCUACAUGGGAGGUUUGAGGAGAUCACAUUCCAAGCUGCUGAUGAAGACCAAUCCGGUUUGCAGGAUUCAGGAGGCAGCUCUGAUGAUGUAGCCGGUCAAAAGGAGCAACAUGUCAAAGACAAGGAAGCCAUACACAUGAAUGGGUUUCCAAAGAUGGGUAGAAGAGGCCUUUCUGAUCGGCUUUGCUUUAGCUCUUUCCAAGAGCAGUCCUGCUCAGCUAACAAUUAUGAGAGCGAUACCGAUAAUCAGGCGAAAGGGUUCGACAUAAAGCAUGAAGUAAAGAUGGCCAAGUACAAAGCUCGGAAAAUGGCACAAUUGAAGAGAGCUAUUCAUCCAUCUCUGGACUUGGACAACUUGAAUGGAGCAGCUAGGAGGAAACCUGCACUGAGCAAGCUGCAAUCUUUCCAUGUCGGUAAGCACCACAAUUUCCGUGUACCGACCUGCCAGCGAAGCCCUGCCUCAGGAAACACCAGUCCACACCCAGUCAUCAACAAUCAAGCGAGGCUCCCUGAUCAAGGAGCCCAAAGGUCCCCUCGUACCGGGAGUGGCCAGGAUUUUACGUUCACAGCCAGAAGCUAUUAUACUGGAGCUCAGUUGCCACCAAACCUCCCAAGAACAAGAUCUAUGCCCGUAAGGGCCGUCGAUGCCUGAAAUGGUUUUAUCUCCUUGUAAAUUCUAUAGAGAAUUGUACAUUCCUUUGGUUCUUUAUUAUGUAUGCAACAUGAAAGAUAGUCUGUAGGCAACAGACCGGAAAUGUGGCUGUGGAUUAUGCCUGAGCUGUAAACUUUCUUCUGCCUUGUGAAUCUAGUAGAGGAUACCAUUC